AUGAGUAUUCCUAAAAGUGAAGAUCUAAUGGAGGAUAUCGCAACCACUAGCUCAGAGAAACUCACUCUUGCUGACGUUGAAAAAUGGGAUGCUCACGUGCUUUUGGCUGUCGCCAAACAAAAACUACGGAACGAGAAAGGUAGCAAACACACGUACGUCGGGCAUAGGCCGAACACGUCGAGCGCGGAUAACUCUGCACUUAGCCUUUUCUUUGUCUGUCCCGGUCCUGGGUUUCGUGGCGAUGGUGAUUACGAGAAGUUCCAUUGCAGGAUAAGAGAGAUGCAUUUCUCAGAUGUGAUCCCUGAAGAGACCGAUCCUGUCAUUCGUGAUUUUUUGAUAAGUUCUGUGUUUUCCUUGGCGUGCAUGAUCUCUAUCUAUGAGAACGAAACUGAUGUGGAUAGGAAGCGAUAUCUCAUGAAGCAAUCUAAUUAUAAUUUUGUAACGAUGUCAGGAGCGAAAAAGGCGUACACCUUCUAUAAGAGAUACUGCGACCACAUGAUGAAUGCGCUCCUGCUUCACGACGGGAGUAACAUAGCGAUGACCGUAAGAGCGAAAAGUGUGGAUAUUGAGAUCAGUCAGUUGAACGAUCUAGCUAAUGUUGGCAUUCAUUAUGCCCUCACACAUUCGUGGGAGGAAUGCAGGCAUGAAAUCUGGCCGAGAAGGACUCUGAUAUUUUUACCAUGUGGAUUUAGAUCUUACUCAAGAGUAUUGCAAACAGCAACAAAUGUUAAAAUCUUUAUCUACACAGAGCUUUCAGAUAUUCCCUCUGAGCUCGCGAAUGAAACCAGAUUGAACUAUUGUAUAUUCGUGCUCCCCACCACUGACAAACCAUGUGAACGAAACGAGUGGAAUGCGCUCGCCAUGGCGUUCACGCACAUUGUAAGAAGAGGCGCCAAGUUGGUGACAGUUUGCGGACCACGAGGUGAAGCAGCAUGGGAGCAGAAUAGAAUCGACGCUCUUAAAACGAUGGAAAUUAUAAGGGAUGCUGCGGCCGCUAUGAAAACAAAUGUAGUCACAACGUUCAACAUGAUUCCAUCCGUAGCUGAACUUUUUGCGUCCAUAGGACUCGGAUGUCGCCAAUCAUCAUUUCUUUCCUAUCCGGUGCAAUCGAUAAGGGCAUUCUUGACUGCUAUGCAAGAGUUCGUGAAACCGCACGUGAAUGCCGACUUGUACACGUUUUUUGAAGAGCCUAUAAGCCGAACCAAAGCUUAUAAGGAGAAAAAAAGAUUGCUGGAGAAUAGAGAGGGAGGAGAGAGGAGAAAGGCGAAAAAUCUGGCACACAGCCAGCAGAUGGAUGAACGUGAACAACAGAAGCAGUCCAUCAUGAGCACGAGUGCAAAGUCGAGUCUGAGAACCGCCGACAGUCGGGGUCGAACUAUGCAUAGUUGUUGGAGAGGAAAAGGUUCGUCUCGCUCACGACUAUCUAGGGGUGGUGGAUGCGCACGGAUGCCAAGAGAGGUAGUUGGAAUGGUAGCGCCGCAUCGUUACGAGUGUGGUAUACUGAUUCUAGACUACGCUUCGUAUGUGAAUGGGGCAAUUUUUGAUGAAACGGUAGAGCCAUUGGUGAGCUCCAUCACUGCCAACACUUCGAUGGACGUUGAUUUGUGCAGGAAGGUAUGUGAUAGUGGUGUGAAGGAAGCUCGAAGAGCUCACGAAGUAGAGAUGAGAGCAUUAUUUGAUAAGUAUCGCUCCAAGACGCUGCCAUAUGCAUACCAGGAACAAGUGUCGUUUCCAUUCGUUGGAGUAAUUGCUCUGGGAUUUGGAGUUGGAUUGGGAACGAUCUUCUCUGAAGGCCUGCACAGCAUUUCGCGUAUGUUCUUCGGUGCAGACGAUGGUGCUUUCAAGGCGGCCAUGAAAGAAAUAGAGGCAGUGAAAGGAAAGCUAAACAUAUUAGCUGCUAUCGUUGAGACGCAGACUUGCAGUACUCGAUGUGGAUUGAGCCUUGCCAUCGCAAGAUCUCAGUUCCUGAAUGCAGUGGAAGAGGCGAUGAACGAUUUGUUCAAUUAUGGAAAAAUUUCGCAUCGACUGAUAAACCAUGCCGGCCGAUACGGUCUACUCGACUCGAUCAAGCAGCUCAUGGGCGUACAGUUCAACGCUUCAUUGCUCUCCCGCUAUUACUCUGUAGCGGGAGAUGUAUUACAAGCAACGGUACUCUCAAUGAACGCUCGGGUAAUGGAAGUGAAGGUCUGUUAUCCGGUAACCAAAGUGGACGAGAUCGGCUAUGCGCUUGACGUGGUUCCGCUCGGACAAUUCAGUAGCGGCACGAACGAGGAGUCAUUUUGGUGGCACACGUUGAACCGAUGGUACGUGGUGCCGCGUUCCCUCCAAAUUAACAAUAUUAGCGCUCUCGGUACGGUACGAAAUGGCGGCGCGGAAUGUCGCCGCAUCGCUUCGAUCGCUAUGUGCAGUAUUGAAGAACAAGCUGUUGGCUGUCAAUUGGAUCAACAUAGACGAGAUAGAUGCGAAAUCACAAGGCUGAACUCGUCGGACCCAAAUGUACGUAUGUUGUCAACACUAUCACCACCAACCGUUUUUCUUUUCACCUCUCUUGGGAUUGACGAUGAUCACAUAUGUACGCACAUGCUUUAUCGAGAGACCCCUGAUGCUGAGGUUCAAUCUCGACUGAUCGAAACACCUGUUUUUAUUGUCGAGAUGCCUAAACUGGCAACCUUGCAUAUUGGGCUACAUCGUGUUCAAUCACGUGUCUCAGAAGGGGAUUUUCUGGUGGAUGUGAAGAUUGUUUCGCAGAACACAACUUUUGGUCCUUUCAUUGAUGUUGAUGCAACUGAUGAUGGCCGUAGUAGGUGGUGGAGCAGAUUCGUUGUGAUGGUGGACAACAAUAGUCUUCAAUACUUCGUAUUAAGUGCUGCACUUAUGUUAUCCAUUUGUUUUAUAGUACGACUUUUGUUCCAUUUGAACGAAUACAAUCGUUUCAAAAAGGAAAUGGAGGCUUUCCGGGCAAGUUUUGAUCAGCCGGUUAGUGCUGCCUCUGUGUAG